CGCCAUCACCACCACGGUGCUGCGCGCUGAGUUCCUCCAUCUGCAGCUGCGACUCCCCCGGCCUCCGUCGCACAGUCCCGCUGACCAUAUAUCCAACCAAGCGCCCGGCUGAAGCAUCCCCCGAUUCUCGGCAGCAGCAGCAUGUCAAUGACCACCGCGACCAUUCGGCAGAUUCGACAGCAUGGCCCUACUCCCAGCACUAUCGGUCUGAAAUCGUUCCCGGUGUGUGCUGCACCAAACAUGACUACAAUUGGAAAUGCGAGAAUGAAACUCGAAAUCGAGAUCAAACAGCUGCAACGGUCGUGGAGAGACUUUCAAGACUCGCUUCGCCAUCAUGAACAACGAUCACAGACACUGGCCAGCCUAGACCUCGUCCGUGAAUCAAUAGAAGAGGCCGUGCAGCUCUGGUCCACCCCCAAACAACAGCCUUUACUCCAAAAGUCCGUCAAAUGGGCCCAAACAUGUCUCGAUACCCUCGAUGUGCACCCGCGGUUGAUGGAAUUUCUACCGGAGCCCCAGCGUGCCUACGAUUUGUUUUUUGGUGUCGUAUAUUCGGUUAUCAAUGCUUCGAAGGAACAAUACCGCGUGGCCGGUGUCUUUCUCAAGUUCCUCACCAAGAUCAACAAGGCUGUCUCAUCCGCUCUAGUCCUGGCUUCCAGCGAGCUCGCUGCCUCGCUCUACGCCCAAAUCUUCCUCUUCCUCGGCGAAUUCAUGCGUGACUAUGUCGCCAAGUCCAGAUGCCGCAUCUUGUAUAGUCACAACGAAGACUUCAAGACCAAUUUCAAGAACCUCAUCGAUAGCGUUGAAAAUUUCGCCGCUAUGAAAACGGACUCGGUCUGUUCAAGUCCAUGCGUAUAUACCGAUACCGCCGGUCUGGUAAAGGUUGGCUUGGAGGGAGAUGCUCGCGUUCAAGCUUCUCAGACAACCUUUAUCCGCCAGUUGAUAUGGAACGUCCAGAAAAAGAAAGCCGUCAACGCCAAACUAGCCCAAGGAUGGCGUAGAAUAUUCGAUCUCUUCUUAUCGGAAUUGAAGGUCCGCGUGCGCAAGGUGGAUGCUGAUGGCGCUUUUUGCCAGUUAUCGGGGAGUAGCCUAGUGGAUCAACAGAACCACCAGCCCGAGUCCGUGGAUAUAACCACGAAACGUCGACUGCUAAAACUAAGAGUACAACAAGACUCUUCAUCCCUUCAGGAUUUCUUUGACAACAACGAACAAACUCAUCCUUUCGGUGUGGACGAACGACUAGCCAUCCCGGCGCCUGUUGCUACCGAAAUUUACAAUUGGAUGCGGGUUAAUCCGUCAUUACCCCUUGCCGUCGAGGGGUCUCACUCUCUUGGACUUCCCGGAAGACUGACGUUGAUAUCGGCUUGUUAUGUCUCAAUAGCCCGCAAACAUAGCAUACCUACGGUAUCGCACUUUUGCGCCGCUUCCCCCCGUGCCAGCAAGGAGGCUGGAAUUAUUUCAUUGGUAUACAGUCUUAUUCGGCAGUUGAUCGACGUUGCGCCUCCCAUGAUGGAUUGUGACAGCAACUGUGACCUGGGAAAGGAACGCUUCUGUCGGCUCAACGGGACAAUGUCAUCAUGGACCGACGCUCUAGGAAUUCUAGAUGCCUUGCUACGAUAUAAACCACCGGUUCUGUUCUGCGUGAUCGACGCAUUAGACGUUUUAGAAGAUGAGUCGACAGUGCAAUACGUCAAACCUCUGGUUGAUUUACUAGUCUCUCACACCACCCGCUGUUCAACCGCUCACUCGGACGUGCAGCAAACCGGCAUCCCCAAAGACGGUUUAAUCAAAGUUCUCUUUACGACCGCCGGACAGUGCCAGGCUAUUCAGAAUACAUUCAACCAGGGCCGAGGACUGCUUAUAACCACGGACCCGACGCACGUCCACGUGGUGAAUGAAGAUACCAUGGAUAUCGACGCUUAACUUUCUCUUUCACUCUUCUAUGUAUUUCUUUUGCACGUGCCUUGCAGCGAAUUUGGACUCGACGAUGAAUCAGUGACGAUGAAUGUAUUUUGUGCGCAUAAUGAUGGCGUUUGGGAUAUGGCAAAAAGCUACGGACGGGCUGGAACGGGAACGGGAGCCUGCAGCGGCAAGCAAGGUAUAAUGCC